AGGAAAAACUGUGAGUGAAACAGGUUUAUUUAAAAUGAAGGAAAUAUUCAUAUUUGAAGGCUGCAAAUGAACAUUAUGGUUAAUGGCCAACCGUCCUGAUGUUCUCGUUUAUGGGAUUUCUGUGGUUGGUCCUUUCUCUUAUUCUCUCCCUCAUUUCGGGCUUCAGUCUCAUGUCACCAGCCUGGUUUACACAUGGUGAUGUUUCGUUUGGCGUCUUUGUCCAGUGUCGUGGACCAGUCAAUGCUCCAUGCAACCAGACAUGCAUUGUUUACAGGACCUUGGAAGAAAUUCCUGAUAUAUUCUCACAGAUUACGGCCAUUAUACUUUUUGCUGGUUGGCUGAUACUGAGUUUUGGAGCUUUGUUGGUUUUGUCGUGGACCAUCAUACCCGCAGGACUAUGCCAAAGGAGGUUGUGCACCCCAGCAAGAUAUGCCCAGACUGCAGCAGUUGUUGUCACCAUCCUAGGGUUGCUGAUCUUCCCAUUCAGUCUCGGUUCUCCAUUUGCUAAACAGAUCUGCAUCUCAUCCUUUAUUUACAUGAGUGGAAAGUGUUUUCUCGGUUGGGGUUAUAUGAUGGCUAUCAUUACAGUGCUGCUCUCCUGCUUCCUUCCCAUCAUUGGACGGUACAAUCUAAAUGAGAUCAAGAUACUGAGGUCGAAGAUUACAAGGAGUAUGGUGUGAACGUGACAUUAUAUUGCAAAUCGAUUAGCGUUCCGGCAGCAUAUGGAUACAGAAUUUUAUUGUCACAUCAACCAUGUGUAACUCAAUAUACAGCCUUAUCAAAUUCCAUCAACGGGUGGGUUAUUUUAUGGGCAAGGAUCUUUCUUCAAUAAGUACUUUACAUUGAAAUGUAGAACCUGCGGACAGAUUGAAUGGGUGUGAUGAAUUUCGUAGUAACAUAUUUCUUGCCAUUCACUAGUAAUUUAAUUUUAAUGUAACGGAAAACUACAAAUACAGAAAAGCAUUUUCCCCAAGAAUUGUUCUGUUCCCAAAUAAAUAGCUCAAAGAACAUAAGCAUCAACGGGAAAUACUUAGCAGUCACUGUCUCCUACUUGAAUGGAGUAUAAUCGUUGUUUUUAAAUGCCUAUCAAAGAGUUGUCUUGGAAUUUACUGACGUACCAUUUUAACUACAAAGUGACUUCUCAAACCAGUAAUCAGGCAAGGUGCAAAAUAAUGUCUUCUAUCAUUCUUGAUGUGCAGUCUAAUAUUUAAUGAACUAUAGUCCAUAAAGCCCCACUUACCCUGCGUUAUACUCCAGAAAGAAUUUUCACUCAGGAGAAAAACAAAUGUAUAUGCCAGGGCUCCAUUUAAUUCCCUGUCUUCACACAGUAACGAAACGUCAAAGAAGAAAACAUUGCUGCAUUCAAACAGCAUACUUACCAACUUUCCAAAUGCCUAAAGAAAGUACAUUUCAAAGUGCAUCUGUCUUUUUUUUUUUUUUUGCAUGCUUUGGAAAGGCACCCAAAAUUAACUGAGGGGUGCAGAUUUAAAUGGCCAAAGGGUGCAAUGGAAGGCCGGUUUUACCUACCUUAAGCAUGCAGCUGCCUCCAUCUUCCUCUUGGUCUUCUUUAGCUACUGGCACUUCCUUUGCCUGGAGCUGCAUCAGUGAUCUACAGUCGUGCAUGGGCAAAAGUACAACACUGAGAUCCCACAAAAGCCUACAUAGAUGAUGUCUUGAUGAGCAAUAUCAUGAAUGAAUCCCAUGACCGAUACUUGUGAUGACUGCUGGGACUGGACAAAAGUUGACAGUGGAGCUAGUCCAUAAUUAAUCUUAUUGUAUCUUUGGUGCUUUGUUGGAAUUUAAGAACAAUUCCAACACAGUCAGCAUCAGUAUUUCAUAGUGAAUAUAUUUUUAUGAAAUACUGAAAAAGUAGAGAGCCACUUUAAUUUUAAGGGGUUGGUUGGAGGUGUGGCCAUGGUCUGGGCUAGUAGGGAACAUUUUAGGUGAGUUUUGUAAUCUACCCCUGAAAGCACCCUAAUGCAUUUUUAAGAGACUAAGCCUGUCACUUUAUGUCAAUAUUUAGGUAAUUUUGUGAACUACCUCUGAAAGCUCCUUCAUUCAUUUUAAGAGAGAACGACUGUGCAACGACUGCAGUCAGGCAAGUAAAAACAUAGGGCUAUAACACAAAGUAACUUGAUCAGCAAUUCCAGUCAGGAUAUACUAUGACUCAACACACAGUGUUUAAGUAAAACUAUAUAUAAACGCUUAGAAAUAUACGUAUUACCAGGCCUGUGUGCAAAUAUAAAAUAGUCAGAGACAAGCCAAGGUUUGGAUACAGGAAGACACAGAAGCGAGUAGACAGGCUCAAGGAUGCCAGAAAUAAAGAAGUCAAUAACAACUGGUUCAUAAAUGCCGAAUAGAAAUACAAGAUAAAUCCACUCUCUGAUUACCAGUAAGUGGAAACCAUGACAGGGCACUGAUAAAAACCUAAAACUAGUUUAAAUAGCCCUAAAAUCACAGGAAUUAGCUAGAAUUGACCUUGUGAUUUUAAAAAGUAUGUCCGUGUCAAUGAAGCGAUGACGCAUGCACAUUUGUGUCAAUCAUGUCAGCUGAGGAGGUGGAGCUAUAAACAUGCUCCAUCAGGAGAUGGCCUUAGAAUGUCACAUCGACACCCAACUCCAUAGUGGGUGGACCGGAUCUGCCACACCUGCAAGGUAGGGUGCCUUCUGUGGUUGUAGUUGGACUAAUUGGGCACAGUCAUGUGAUUUCGCCUCUUUGAUGACGAGACAUCAAGUCUACAUGAAUAAACACAGCUGACAAUGCACCACGUGGGUUUCUUGGAUGUGCUCAUCACACUACUGUAAAUGAGAGGUACACUGUAUAUCCAUUUCACCUAAUUGAAUUGGUUAUAAUACCAAUAAUGCCUGGUGCUUCCUCUCCAUUCAGUGUUUAACCAUUUCUGAGCAGCCUAACACUAAAUAUGGGUCCAAGGCCUCUCCACGGGAGGUAUAGCUAAAGCAGAGAUUACACAAUUGCUUCUAGCCAUACCAAUUCAUACCAGUAGUAGGUGUUGUGAAAGGCUGAAGGAGUCAACUUACACUCUCAGGCAAUCAUCGUCAGGCAAUGCUGCUCAGGAUAAUGCUUCCACAGUAGCCCAAGAAGCAUUAAACUAUUAAAAGUGGUUUAACACUGAAUGGAAGGACAGUGCCAUGGGACUCCAGGCACUAUACCCACUUCAAUUAGAAGAAGCUAUUCCAGUGCAUACAUUUCCCUUUAAUGGGAGUACCAAGUCUGGCUAAGUGGUUUAAGCUAUUUCCUGUUAAUAAAUGAUUACAAAAAAAUGCAAUCCAUUUGUUAACAAAGGUAUGUAUUUCAAACUG